GGCGAGCCCAACCCAGCCAAGGCCGACGUGGCUCCGCCCCUCCUUACCCAAGCAUGGCAACCGAAAGGGGCGUACGAGCCAGUCCAAAUCAGUGAGCUACACCAGGGACCGGGCAAGGUGCGUUUCAUGGGGCGCCUCGUAAACUUUGUUUCAGACGACGGCGGCAAGGAUGACCGACCCAGACGCCCACGGGUUCUGGGAUUCCACUUCAUGGCCGUGAAGGACGACACGGGUGUUGUUGUCAUAAAGCUCACGGCCGCGGGCAUUGAUAUCAACGAUAUUCAGCUUGGGAGCCUUGUUACCGUGUGGACUGGCUUCGUAGCCGAGUCCUCGAAUGCGCUUCCACUGCGUGCCCCUUUCGGGGCCAUGAUGAUCCCAGUCCACCUUAGCCCAGCGUCCCAGUCAUGCAUCCACUUCCACCGCGAAGAGCCUGGUUCGGACGAAUCAUGGCUCUGCCGACUCCCUCUAGACUACGACAGCGCGAGGGGCUCUCUGGAAUCGUCUCCCAUGUCGGCCUUCAUGAACCUCCGGGCUUACCUAAACUGUAGCCACGAUAGCGCCCCCAGUCCAAGAGUUGUCGUCUGCGUCUCCAGCGUCGGCCCGUGCAAGACGGUCUGGUCGGUAAAGGCACAGAGAAAUUUGAAAAUGGUUGAGCUACACGUCGUUGACGAGACAGACAGCUGCGUACUGCGGCUAUGGGAGGACAAAGUACUGUCUGCACGGGCGUGGUACCCUGACGAUACUAUCCUGCUUAUCAGUAACUCCCUAUUCUGUCUAAAGGGCAAGAAAAAUGACAUCCCAGAACUCGGCAUUGGCAGUACAUCGAUGAUUGAAGUCGACCCAGUGUUCCCUGAUGCCGAUUGGCUACGGCGGAUGGCCGCGAAUCGUACCAGGAAAGAAAGCGUCUACAUCCCCUUUCCUUCGGACAUUUGGGGUGCCGAUAAAGGAAUCGGCGGCCUGGAAUCGGACUCGGGAACCCUCUUCACUUUGGCCGACGUCGACGUCUGGGCAAGGGACGAAACUAAUCCCAUCUUCACUGGAAAGCUGAACAUGGUGAUUCUCGGCGUCCGUAUUACCGAGAUCGCGGGCCGAGGCAUGCUGUGCUGCUUUGAAUGGUGA